AUGCGCGCGAACGCGAAAAACACGGUCGUCAAGGAAACAACAAAAAAGAACGGCAAGGAUACAAACGGACAACCGUUGCGAUGCGAGCGCGAUACGCGAGAAGGCCAGAGACGAGCUGGGUCCUCGAUCACGAUGCACGCGUCGAUGGUGUUGAUCCUGGAUGAACGAUGGCAGCCGAGUGCGCGUACCGUCAAAACACCUCACACAAAACAACGUCCUCAAGCCCGAACGACUUCACAGACAACCCCCCGGGGCCCCAACAGGGAGCGAGCGUGCCUCAACGGCGACGAGGAGCUGAAAUCGGCGCCAAUAGAAAUCGAUCGCGGAGAGAUGAACGACGCGGUUUUCGAUGGCGAAGACGCGCGGGCGACGGUGGUGGUGGAGGGGAGGGAUGGCGAUGCGGAUAACGAGGAUGUUGCGAGAAGGAGAAAGUGA